AUGAACUUCAAGAACGAUCAUAUCAAGAACAAUCAUAUUAUCCAAGAUGAACGUGAAAUGACUUCAGUUAAACAUCCUAAUCGAACCAAUUCAUCAAAUAAAAGUGAGAAAAAACCGAGCCAACAACCUGCCUCUGGUGACGAUAAUAAAGAUGAAGACAAACAAGUGCGAAAGUCAUCAUCUAGCGUUUCAGUCACUGGACUGAUCACGCUCACCAGUGGACCUUUGCCAAACACUGCUACAGAUUUCAGCACUACAUAUGGCUUCUCGGGAGCUCACCCAGUACUUGGACAAGAAUCUCAAGUGGUAAACCACACCUCAUCCAAUGCUCCUGUGGGGACACCUUUGUCAUUGGUUCCUGUGACCACGUCUGAUCCUACAAAGGCUAAUACAUUGGCACCUACAAUAGAUGGCAAAGUUUCCAACUUAGUAGUGAUUGCCACAGAUUUAGGUCCCGCUGGUGAUGUCGAGGCUGUGAGAGGAAAAUCAGAUCCAGAUGCAAUUUAUCUCAAUAGCAAAGAUUAUGCACCUUUUACAGCGACUGUUCAUUUCAAAGCCAUUGGAGUCUCAUAUAAAGCCUCUGGAAUAUCUGUCAAUCAAUUUGAAUCAAAUGUCUUGAUUUGCAUCAAGUUCCCUGUUGAAUAA